AUGUCUUCGAGCGAGCAGGAAGAGGGCGGCAAGCGGCGUCUGGCGCCGGAGCACGAGCAGGACGACCUGUGCGCGCCGGCCCCCGUCGCCUCCGCGCCGUCUGUGGCCCCCACACCCUCCGCCCCCGCCGUCCCUGUGGCCGCCGCCUGGCCGGACGUGUCCGCCUUCUUCCCGUUCGCUUUCGCGGCGGGCCCACCUCUGUUGCCCGCGGCCGCGCCCGUGCGCAUCUUCAACCCCGACGCGUACUGCGAGCAGUGCAACAAGGAGUUCUGCAACAAGUACUUCCUCAAGACGCACAAAGCGAACAAGCACGGCAUCUAUACGGACGGCGCUCCUCCUGCGGCCAAGGCGGCGCCCCCGCCACCCCCGCCGCCACCACCCCCGCCACCGCCGCUUCCGGCGCAGUCUCAGCAACAGCAGAUGCCGCCUCCGCACCUGACGCCGGGGCAGGCGUCAGUAGCACACGUGCACCAGGGCGUGGCCGCCAAGUCCCCGGAAGCGCGGGUGCCGUGCGACGUGUGCCACAAGCGCUUCAGCAACAAGUACUUCCUGCGCCGGCACAAGGCCAAGGUGCACGGCAUCGCGGACGACGCGGGAGACGCGGACCUGCUGGAGCUGCUGGCCGAGCAGCCGGCGGAAGAGCCGCGCGAGCAGCCCGACACGGCCGCGGCCGACCACCAGCCGCCGCUCUCCGUCGACAACCUGCGCAAGCUGGGCGUCAUCAACGCCGAGGCCUUCUGCGAGAUCUGCUGCAAAGAGUACUGCAACAAAUAUUUCUUGAGGACGCACAAGUUCAAGCGGCACGGCAUCGUCGUCGCGGAUUCCGAACUGUCCAAAGACGGGAGCGGAUCGGCAGCCGCGUGGGGCGGCCCUCAGGCCUCGCCACUCAACUUGAUCGUCAACGAGCAAAGCGACUCGCACUCGGAACAGGCCGACGGCGCAGAGGCAGAGUGCGACGUCUGCGGCCGGCGAUUCCAGAGCUGCUACCUCAUGACAGUGCACAGAGCCUACAUGCACUCGGACGCCGAGAAGCGCGAAACACCCGCGGAGUUGGAAUCCGAACAGCAGGACGGCGAGGGCGGCAGUAACCGGCAGAGCACACCUCCCACCACCCUACCCGCCGACAGCGGCGGCGUGCCGGCCGACGCCGACGGGGACCGCGCGUUCUCCGACAACAAGGACAACAUAAGCGAAGACUUGCAGAAGCUCCAGACUAUGAUCCUACAGCUCAACACCCUCGACGUCAACUCCGUCAAGACUUGCCAUAUCUGUUACAAGGAGUCGGAGAACGUGUAUUCUCACAGGGCUCACAUGAUAACGGAGCACGGCGUACUUUCCGGAGACAAGGAGCGGGACAGUGCCGGCAGUGCGGAGGGAUCGCCACUGCCGGCACCCGCCACCUUUUGCCAUCCCUGCAAGAAGGACUUCUUUACGACUUUCCUACUCAAGCAGCACGACGACGAGUGCCACUCGACACCGGCAGCGCCGUCGCCGCCGAUCGCCGCGCCGGCCCAGAGUGUCGUCAAGGAAGAAACCGAUUCGCGAGAGUCUCCGGCCAAGGACGCCGUCCAGGUGGCACAGCAGCCGCAGACGUCGGCACCGGAGAAGAGGGUCUCUCUCACACCCACUAGCAGCUACUGCGAGAUCUGCAACAAGGAGCUGUGCAAUAAGUACUUUAUGAAAACGCACAUGCAACGUAUGCACGGCAUCGAGAUCGAGAACGGCGCUCAGAUCGGCGGCGUCGUCUGCGACAUCUGCAACAAGGAGCUGUGCAGCAAGUACUUCCUGCGCGUGCACAAGCAGAACACUCACGGGAUCGUGGAGGACAGCGCCUCGACGGCGGCGGCCUCGUCGACGGCGUCGUCGUCGGCGUCGCUGCCGACGUACGCGCCCGACGGCGACCACGCGCUCAAGCCGAGUGACCUGAAGGACUUCAGCCACCGGUACUUCAGCCACUUCACGGAGGCGUGUCCCGUCUGCAGCCGGCGCUUCAGGAGCACUAAGUGGCUGCGCGCGCACCUCGUAAACGACCACGGCGACGCGGGUGCCGAGAAGUGGAAGGAGCUGGAGUCGCGCUACCGGGCUAAGCAGACCAAAGCGCCGGAGCAGCUGACCCUACAGCAGCAGCAGCAGCAGCGGCCGCCCGCGCUCAAAAUCCCCACCAGCUGGGCGUCGCAGGCCGCCGAGCCCGUCGCCAGUCACGUGCUCUCCAACCUAUUCGCCGGUAGCGACUCGCCCGAAUACCACUGCUCGUACUGCCCUUUUAGCACGCCGGUGCUGGCGCUACUGUUCGUGCACGAGCGCACGCACGUGGCCGGCCCCACCGUGCAGCCCGACCCGGAACCCGGCAAGGCACCGCAGCACUGCCCCAUCUGCUUGCAGGAGCUGCAGGGCGAACCUCUGCACACGCACCUCCUGUCCCACCAGUUCGGAGGGCUGGUCAACCCGUUCGCCCCCGCCGCCUUCCCCGCUCCCAGGCCGUUCCCGCCCGUGCAGCCUCUGCAGCCCGAGCAGCCGGACGGAGACGCGGCCGACGCCGAAGCCAAGACGAAGUUCCGGUGCUCGCAGUGCUCGCGCGGCUUCAAGACUCGAGAGCUGUGCCUGGCGCACGUCCAGAAGAAGCACGGCGCGCCUGCCGGCGACGGCGCGGACGGGAAGCUGCGGUGCGCGCAGUGCGACUUCCGGGCGGACAGCGCCGUGGCGCUCAAGAGACACGUGCGCCGCAACCACCGCGAGCCCGAGGCGGGCGCGGGCGGGCCGGGUGCGCGGGUGCCGGCGUCGUACGCCGUGCCUGCGCCGCCGCAGGGCCCCGAGGGCGCACCCUUCAUCAUGCAGCCCUUCCUGCUGGAGGAGCCGCUGCACAGCGUGCGCGUGCACGCCGCCAAGUUCGUGCCGUCGGUGGUGUUCCUGCCCGUCAAGGAGCGCCUCUCCGAGCCGCUCACCGUCUCCUUCACGCUGACGCCGGCUUAG